UCUACUUAUAUAAUUUAUUAAUGAAAUAUAUUAUUCUGGCCUUGGCUAUCUUAGCCGGGCUGUUGUAUACUUACAAGGAAGAAGUUGUUCCACUAGCUCAUAAUAAACUUCAGCAAAUGUUAACAGAUGACCCUGCAAUUCCAACUGGCUUCACAGAAGCACAAUGUGAGUGGUAUUUCGGACCUCCUUAUACUCAGAGGAAUAGAUGCAAGAGAGGAGGAUGGUUCAAUUGCAACUCUGCCUUUGUCAACUGCUGUCGUCACUUAAGAGUUGAGUGUGACCCAUCAUUGCCAGGUUAAGAUUAAUUCCUACCUUCUGGAUAAAAAUUCUUUAAUAAA